AUGGAGAACAGCAUGGUGUCUCCCCCUACGCCAAUCCUCGACAACACAACUAGAUCUGUGGCAGAAGUAGAGCCCGCUGGGAACUUCGCACACCAGACUUCUCAUUCGUUCAUGAUCGACACACAAGUCUACAAAAGCCUGGGGCUGUACUUCAGCAGCAUCACGUCUCUCUUGUUGGCGUCCUUGGGCUGUGGGAACAACGUUCUCAUCAUUUUGGUGUUCGCCAAACAAGGAUUUGGGGAGAGUGUGAAUAUUUCCAUGACCGCCAUAGCUGUCUGGGACUUGGUCAAAUGCUUGACGGGCGCCAUCUGCCGGCUGUACGGGCCGAUAGGCAUGGUGUCUGCUGCAAAUGGCUUCUCGUGGCAGAUGAUGACAGUGCCCAAUUUGGGCUACUUGAACACCAUCUCUGGGUAUGUCUCAUUCGGUCUGGCUGCCUACGUGUCAUUUGAGAGAUGCGUAUGCGUUGUGAAACCGUUCACGGUGAAAUCUCUGCUCACACCGAAGGUCACCAUCACCGCUGUUACCUUCGUCUCUGUUACAAUGUUCGGAAGUUUUGCCAUAAGCCUGACUCAGUACAAAGUGGUGUGGGUGUUCAGCCCACGGUUCAACACGACUGUGGCUGUCUACGGGGUCACGGACUUCUUCUCACGGCACGCUGAGCGCAUCCUGGAGUACUACCGAGCGGCCAGCGUCGCUGUCCCAGUCAUCACAUACACCGUCAUUGUGACGUGCACGAUCAUCAUCAUGGUCCAACUUCGAGAAUAUUCGAAAUUCAGAAUCCAGAGCCAAGCAGGAGCUAAAAAGCCUAAUCAGCCACCACCGACAACAGAGUACGCGCUGAAGAAUACCACCAAGGACUCUUCAAAACCGCCUGCGAAGGGCAAGGGGAAAGGCGCUGCUGCCUUGUCCACACGAGACCGACAGGUGGUUCGGAUGCUGCUGGCCGUUCUGUUUGUGUACAUCGUGAACCUGGUGCCCCGCCUGGCUAUGUACGUGGCCAUGUUCGCGGAGCCGGAGUUCUACUUCGACCGUCGCUACCACCGGCUGUACAUGGUGGUCCUGGGCUUCAUCCACUUUGGCGAGAUCCUCAACGCCUCCGUGAACCUCUACAUCUUCCUGGCCAUGAGCUCUCAGUUCCGGAACACUUUCCUCCUCCUGUUCCCGAGUUCUCAGAUCUGUGUCUCUUUGUGUCAGGGGAAACUGAGCCCUUAG